GUUUUUGGGCUUUAUUCAGGUAACCGUUACUGAUGCGGUUUAAUGUGUGCUUGGUGAAAAACUCUUAUUGGAUAAUUAAGUAAAUUCGCAAUGAAAUCGUUCGAAACUCGAAAGGCAUGUCAGGACGUUUAUAAACUAUAUAAGCAUUAUUAAAAAAACGUGACAACAGCUAGACAGACUUAAUCAUGACCGAUAAUAGGUGGACUACAGCUCUACAGACCGCUGUGUCAUGGCAUCACAGAGAUCUGUGGUUGAAUUACAUCACAGCCAUGCACGCGGUGACACUAAGAGACCUGAUGCGGAUAUGGAUGCUGUUUCUGUGGUGUGCAUCAUGUAACUGUGGACCAGAUCCCAGGAAGCGGGAGGCUCUGAUAAGGCUGGAAGCAUCUAGACGGACAGGAGGCAACAUAACACUGAACGAGAGAGAGAAACUGCUUGACAGAAAGCUUCAGAAACUGAAGCAGCAUGAUAUGGAAGCAGGACACUUCCCACCGUCCAUGCAUUUCUUCAAGGCUAAGCGCUUCAUUGAUCAAAGUCCUGUGUUUAGUUUGCUUCAGAAGAUGCCUAAAGGUGCCGCCCUGCAUGUUCAUGACUUUGCUAUGGUGGGUGUGGAUUGGCUGGUGAAGAACGUGACCUACAGAGAUAACUGCUACGUGUGCUUCACAGAUGAGCAGACCGUGCAGUUUAUCUUCUCCUCUGGGCAGCCUGCGUCUCGUCCACGCUGCUCCUCAUGGACUUUGCUCAGAUCCCUCAGGGAGAAGAUUAAAAACAGCACUGAUUUGGACAACAGUUUCAAUCGAAAUCUCACACUCUUCACCGAGGACCCAGAUAGAGCCUAUCCUAGGCAAGAAACUGUGUGGAAGAGAUUUGAGCAGGCAUUCUUGGUGGCCUACGGGUUGGUCACCUAUGCACCUGUGUUUAAAGACUACCUCUAUGAAGGUCUCAGACAGUUUUAUGAGGACAACAUCAUGUAUGUGGAAAUCAGGGCGCUGCUGCCAGCGACAUAUGAACUUGAUGGCAGAUUAAAUAACAAGGACUGGAGUAUGGGGGCCUGCCAGGACGUUGUGAAAAGAUUUACAGCAAACUUCCCAGACUUCCUAGGGGCUCAAGUGAUUUUUACCGUCCACAGGGGUAUAAAUGCAACUGAGGCGGUGAAGACAGUAGAGGAAGCAAUGACACUACACAGGGACUUUCCAGAUAUCAUGGCAGGCUUUGACUUUGUAGGACAGGAAGACCUUGGAAGACCUCUGUGGUACUUCAAGGACGCUUUGAGUCUACCUGAAGACAGGGGUGUUAACCUGCCCUACUUUUUCCACGCAGGAGAGACAGAUUCACAGGGAACAGAUGUAGAUCAGAACCUCAUGGAUGCUCUUCUAUUCAACACCACACGUAUAGGUCAUGGCUUUGCUUUGGCACGUCAUCCUGUAGUUAAAGAGUUGUCUAGAAAGAUGGAUGUACCAAUUGAAGUCUGUCCAAUCUCAAAUCAGGUGUUAAAAUUGGUCUCAGACUUGCGGGACCACCCAGUGGCAGUACUGAUGGCUGAGGGUCAUCCUGUAGUGAUCAGCUCAGAUGAUCCAGCUCUGUUUGGGGCCACUGCCCUUUCACACGAUUUCUACGAAGCCUUCAUGGGUUUUGGAGGAAUGAGCUUUAAUUUAGGCACAUUGAAAGAGCUGGUCAUAAACUCCCUCAGGUACAGCUCGUUGCCAAGUCAAACAAAAAAAAAGGCUAUUGAGGUAAUGCUGGUAAAAUGGGACAAGUUUGUCUUGGAAAGUUUACUGUAGACGACUUUAACAGGUAGUCUGUAAAUCAGGACAUUUUAAACAUGCUCUAAGGGCAUUUUUUACAGGAUGUUUUCCCCAUUUGUUUGUCAUAUUGGUGAACAUACUGGGGUGUGAAUGCUGCAAUUUACACUGUUACUUGGUGUGAGGAAAUGAAUGUAUCAUCUUGAACUAGCCUGUGCUGCCAGCUGGUGCAGAAUCUGUGUACUAAUCGUCUGUACUUCCAUUGACUCUAGUGCUUGCACCUUCAGGCUGAUGACAGCAGUUUUGUAUGCAAUUUUGUAAAUACUAAUCAAGAUUUUAGAUUUUUAGACAGCAAAGUGACACAACAUAUAGGUGUUAACAGGGUAGACCACUUCAGGACACCUGUUAAACAAUAAAAACUGUGAUGUACAAUGUCAAUUAAUUGUUUUAUUUGAAAAAGUAGUAAUUAAAGGUAUUUUAUACCUUUAAAA